AUGGCAGGUGGAAGCUUUGUUGAUCCAAGAGGAAUAAAGCAAUAUGAGGGAAAAGUAACUGCAUUUGUGUUGAUUACAUGUUUUGUAGCUGCAAUGGGAGGUCUUCUUUUCGGUUACGAUCUUGGUAUCACCGGAGGAGUGACUUCGAUGGAUGAAUUUUUGAUCAAAUUCUUUCCGUCGGUGUAUAAAAGAAUGAAAGAUGAAACACAUGAAACAAGUCAAUAUUGCAAAUUUGAUGAUCAACUUCUAACACUAUUCACAUCUUCCCUAUACCUUGCAGCAUUGGUAGCUUCUUUUUUUGCUGCCACAAUCACAAGAAUGUGGGGACGCAAGACCUCCAUGUUUCUUGGUGGCUUAUUUUUCUUAAUUGGUGCAUUACUAAAUGGAUUAGCUGUUAACAUUUGGAUGCUGAUAAUUGGCCGUCUACUUCUAGGUUUUGGUGUAGGAUUUUGUAAUCAGUCGGUACCGUUGUAUUUGUCUGAAAUGGCUCCGGCAAAAAUUAGAGGAGCACUCAACAUUGGUUUUCAAAUGAUGAUUACAAUUGGUAUUCUAAUGGCAAAUCUUAUCAAUUAUGCCACUGCCAAGCAUAAAAAUGGAUGGAGAGUCUCUUUGGGUGUUGGAGCUGUGCCAGCACUUCUUUUGUGCAUAGGAUCUCUUUGUUUAGAAGAAACACCCAAUUCCUUGAUUGAACGAGGCGACCAUGAAAGAGCAAAGACAAUGUUGAAGAGGAUUCGCGGCACAGAAAACAUUGAUGAUGAAUACCAAGAUAUGGUUGAUGCUAGUGAGGAAGCUAGUAAAGUAGAGCAUCCAUGGAAGAACAUUACUCAACCAGAAUAUAGGCCUCAACUCACCUUCGUCGCUUUCAUUCCAUUCUUCCAACAACUUACUGGCAUUAACGUUAUCAUGUUCUACGCUCCUGUCCUUUUCAAGAUCUUAGGUUUUGGUGAUGAUGCUUCCCUCAUGUCUGCGGUUAUUAGUGGUGUUGUCAAUGUUGUUGCCACACUUGUUUCUGUCUUCACAGUAGACAAGUUUGGAAGAAGGUUAUUAUUUCUUGAGGGUGGCUCACAAAUGUUUAUUUGUCAGGUUAUUAUUGGAAUCAUGAUCGCGUCCAAGUUUGGAGUGACUGGCCAAGGAUCCUUUACCAAAGGUGAAGCGGACCUCCUCUUGUUCUUUAUUUGUGCAUAUGUUGCGGCAUUUGCAUGGUCUUGGGGACCAUUGGGUUGGUUGGUGCCUAGUGAAAUAUGCGCUCUUGAGGUUCGACCAGCAGGUCAAGCUAUAAAUGUUAUGGUGAACAUGCUCUUCACAUUUAUGAUUGCUCAAGUUUUCCUAACCAUGCUUUGUCACUUGAAGUUCGGCCUCUUCUUUUUCUUCGCGGGUUUUGUGGCCAUCAUGACCAUUUUCAUUGCCUGUCUCUUACCUGAAACCAAGAACGUUCCAAUUGAAGAAAUGAACAGAGUGUGGAAGUCACAUUGGUUUUGGGCCAAAUAUGUUCCAGAUCAUGUUGUUAGUGAGGCUUAUGACAGUAAAAAGGCUGUUCCAUGA